UGCAAGGGUGCUAUAGACGCACAAAACGACCAAGAGCCACAAAUCAAGCACACAUAUCAAAAAACAAAUGAGCUCUUAUUUUGUAAACUCAUUUUGCGGUCGCUAUCCAAAUGGCCCGGACUACCAGUUACAUAAUUAUGGAGAUCACAGCUCGGUGAGCGAGCAAUACAGGGACUCCGCCAGCAUGCACUCCGGCAGGUACGGAUACGGCUACAAUGGCAUGGACCUCAGCGUCGGGCGCUCUGCUUCCACCCACUUUGGUGCCAAUGAGAGACCCCGCAGUUACCCGGCCAACACCACCUCUGCCCCCUCCCCUCCCCCUGACCCUCUGCCCUGCACCGCCGUGGCCGGUUCGCCUGUCAGCGAGAGUCACCACGGGGUGAAAAACUCCCUCGCCAACUCCACCAGCACUUCGUCCAAUUCCAGCAGCAACACGCACAUCAGCAGAGACGGGGUUGGCACCUCGUCCGGGACUGAGGAAGACACUCCAGCAAGCAGCGAGCAGGCAAGUGCCCCGACCGACCAAAGCACAGCCCAGCCUUCACAGCCCCAGAUCUACCCCUGGAUGCGAAAACUGCACAUAAGUCAUGACAACAUAGGGGGACCAGAAGGGAAAAGGGCUCGGACUGCUUACACCCGCUAUCAGACCUUGGAGCUGGAAAAGGAAUUUCACUUCAAUAGAUACCUGACCCGCAGAAGAAGGAUUGAAAUAGCACAUGCUCUUUGCCUCUCAGAGAGACAAAUAAAGAUCUGGUUCCAAAACAGGAGAAUGAAAUGGAAAAAGGAUAAUAAGCUGAAAAGUAUGAGCAUGGCAGCUGCAGGAGGGGCAUUCCGUCCCUAAGCGUUUGAUCAAUUAAAAGUACUGAGCAGUAUUAGCUGACCCUGCGUCUCAUGUCAGUACUAAGUUGACUUUCUAAAACUUCCUUGUGUUACUUCUGUGAAGAAACCCUGUUCUUGUCGCCCUUAUUCAUCUUUUAAUCAUGAGCCUGUUUAUUACCAUUCUCUCGCGUGUAUAAGUAGAUCUGCUUUUAUCGUACAUUUCUUUGUCUUGAAUGGCUUUGUCUUGAAAAAAUAAUAGAUGUUUUAACUUAUUUAUAUGAAGCGAGCUGUGUUACUUGAAGUAACUGUUAAAACAAAACAAAACUAAACAAAAAAAGAACAAAAAAAAAGAACGUGAAAAAAAAAGGAGAGAGAGAAAGAAACCCUCCCCCGGUUUAGUACAAAUGUUAUGUGUUGCACUCAACCUGCUUAACUGUGCAUGUGUGGUCAAGUGUUAAUGUCUGUAUAGCUCCAAGCUGUUAAAAAUAUUUUUAUUCAAACUACCUAUAUAAUUCCU